CAGUUACUAAAUAUCUUGAGACAGAUCGAUUUAUAUGUUUCCUCAUCAGUUGAAUAUCAGAGGAAAAGAGGUUGUCUUGCAGCUCAUGAGAUGCUUCUCAAGUUUCGUAGAAUUUGUGUCAGUGGAUUCUGUGCACUUGGUUGCCAGGGAAGUUGCACACACAGCAAGCAAUUUCACGGUGCUCUGAAUCGCAAUAUUUCAAAUUUACCAACUGCAUUUCUAUCACCAAGUCGCGAUGCUUUGUGUUUAGGUGAGAGGAUUAUGGUAUACCUUCCACGCUGUGCUGACACAAAUCCAGAAGUUAGAAAAGUCUCUGCUCAGAUUCUUGAUCUUUUUUUCAGCAUAUCUCUAUCACUACCAAGGCCUGUAAACACUAUUGUUGGACUUGAUAUAGAAUUGUGUUAUAGUGCUUUGUCCUCCCUUGAGGAUGUCAUUGCUAUCUUAAAAAGUGAUGCCUCAAUUGAUCCGUCAGAAGUAUUCAACAGGGUUGUUUCAUCUGUUUGUACAUUAUUUACUAAGGAUGAGCUUGUUGCUGCUCUACAUGUUUGCUCAGGAGCUAUAUGCGACAGAAUCAAACAAUCUGCAGAAGGAGCAAUUCAGGCUGUGAUUGAGUUUGUUACGGAUAGGGGGAAGGAGCUGAACGAGUCUGAUAUUUCAAGGACGACACAAUCUUUGCUUUCUGCUGCAGUUCAUGUGACUGAGAAGUACUUGCGUCAGGAAACUCUUAGUGCUAUCUGCUCUCUGGCUGAGAACACCAGCUCAAUAAUUGUUUUCAAUGAAGUAUUAGCUGCUGCUGGAAGAGAUAUAGCCACCAAAGAUGUAUCCAGACUACGUGGUGGCUGGCCAAUACAGGAAGCCUUCUAUGCAUUCUCCCAGCAUGCAGUUCUUUCAUAUUCAUUCCUGGAGCAUGUAACUUCUGUUCUGAAUCGGACACCUACCCUUAGACGUGAAUCUGGAAAAGGAGAAAAUAACAGCAAUUAUGUUGAAAGUCACGUAAAAGAUGAUGUUUGCCAGGCAGCUGUUAUAGCUCUCACUGCAUUCUUCAGAGGUGGUGGUAAAGUUGGAAAAAAAGCAGUAGAACAAAGUUAUGCUUCUGUCCUCGCAACACUUGUGCUUCACUUGGGAAGUAGUCAUGGUUUAGCUAAUUCUGGCCAACAGGAACCUCUGCGUGUGCUACUGGUUGCAUUUACCGCCUUUUGCGAAUGUGUGGGUGAUUUAGAGAUGGGAAAGAUUCUGGCUAGAGAUGGAGAAAAUAAUGAUGACGAGAAGUGGAUUGGUGUGAUUGGGGACCUGGCGGGCUGCAUUUCCAUUAAACGACCAAAAGAGGUACCUAUUCUAGUCAAACUUAGGUUAUCUGCGUUGUUAAACUAUAUUGGUAAUAUGCCAAAGCCCACUCUUGCGAAGUCACCAAUGCUAUGAAAACUGAGUAAUUUAUUAAUCUAACACUUUGAGCUCAUUUAUAACCCCGGGGUACGUUCAGGAAUGAAGCUGUGUAGGUGCUUUAAAGUAAUGGGGAA